CUCUCGCAUUUAAAGCUAUUUUCCUGGAUUUACUGUCAUCAAGAACGCCUAAAAUUAGACAUUUGGAAGCCAGGUUGUAUGACUAGAAGGGAUCCAAACAGAGUAGCAAAAACCAUGAAAAAAAUAACAGUAUGGAAUAUUAUAACAAUACAACGACACAUAGUAAUCACAGCAAUGGAACCAGUAAUACAUCAGAUCAUAAUAAGGCGAUUUUGAAAUGGAUUUCAUUCGUGAUUUUCCUUGGUAUAAUAGCAUUCAAUACACUUGUUAUCGUGCUGUUACUAUCACGGAAGAAGAAGACGAGGAUGGGAUUUUUCGUUACUAACCUUGCAAUAGCAGAUCUUUGUCUUGGACUCUUUUUCGUUUUCCCAGAGUUGGUAUUCAGCCAUUUUGGAGUUCCCUGGAAUAAAUAUGUCUGCUAUAUAGUUUAUGCAUAUUUUUCACAGUUCGCAGUCUAUGUGUCUAUAUAUGCGAUAGUUGUGUUAUCUAUAGAUAGACUUUACGUUAUUGUUAGACCUUUAUCGGCAGCCUCUAAAGGACAAAAAUAUCGAUUUGGUUUGGCGUCAGCUGCAUGGAUUAUUGGAGCACUUCUUGCGAUACAGUACGUUGUUCACAUUAAGACGUGGAAGACAAGUUGUUUUCAUAUUUUUCCAUACAGAGAGGCAAUAAUAUAUAUUGAUGCUUCAAUUAUAAUAGUUAUACCAGUCAUUAUAAUUGUUAUAUGUUAUACUGGUAUCAUAAUAACAAUCUGUAGACGGGAAAAACGUGGAUUUGUUCCGGCUAACAGAAGUGAUACAGCUUCUACAGAGGAAAUAAUUUCAAAGAAUAAAGUGAUUUCAAGUGCGAAAAUUAAAACAAUAAAGCUACUUCUAGUGGUUGUUUGUGUGUAUAUAUUAUGUUGGACGCCGAUAUUUGUAGAUGCAUUUUUACAGUUUUAUGGAAAUAUAGGAACCGGAUUGGUUUAUAAAGUGUUGUAUACAUUUGCACCAUUGAACAGUUUUGCCAAUCCAUUAGUGUUUUUGAUAUUUAAUUUUAAAAUGUUUCGAUCAAACAAGAAAAAGACGGAUUCUCACUUAAUGCACAUGAAUACAAUGAAAACUUCAUUAGGUUCGAAACGUCAUCAUUAAAAGUUCUAUUUAUGUGAAGUGUCCAUUUAGCGAUUAUGCAAUUUUAAAGGAAAGUGAUUAAAAUGAAUAAAGUCUAAACAUAUUUUAUUUCUGUUAUUUGACUAAAACAAAGUUUGAAGAAUCCAAAAGAAUAAACUCCAUAGUCAAUCACUAAUUGACAAUCGUAUGGCAAUAUAAAAGACAAACGAAAAACGACGAAAAGGCAAACUGUCUACAAAAUACAACAUAACAAAAAUGAAGACUGAGCAGCACGGACACCAACAAACAAAAACCGAUGGUGAUCACAGGUGAUCGGGAAGGAUUAACACAUCCUAAAUGUCGGAGCGGUUGGUGAUCACAGGUGAUCGGGAAGGAUUAACACAUCCUAACUGUCGGAACCUGUGGUGAUCACAGGUGAUCGGGAUGGAUUAACACAUUCUAAAUGUCGGAACCGUUGGUGAUCACAGGUGAUCGGGAAGGAUUAACUCAUCCUAACUGUCGGAACCGGUGGUAAUCACAGGUGAUCGGGAAGGAUUAACACAUCCUAACUGUCGGAGCGGUUGGUGAUCACAGGUGAUCGGGAAGGAUUAACACAUCCUAACUGUCGGAACCGGUGGUGAUCACAGGUGAUCGGGAAGGAUUAACACAUUCUAAAUGUCGGAACCGUUGGUGAUCACAGGUGAUCGGGAAGGAUAAACACAUCCUAACUGUCGGAACCGGUGGUGAUCACAGGUGAUCGGGAAGGAUAAACACAUCCUAACUGUCGGAACCGGUGGUGAUCACAGGUGAUCGGGAAGGAUUAACACAUCCUAACUGUCGGAACCGGUGGUGAUCACAGGUGAUCGGGCAGGAUUAACACAUCCUAACAGUCGGAACCGGUGGUGAUCACAGGUGAUCGGGAAGGAUUAACACAUCCUAACUGUCGUAACCGGUGGUGAUCACAGGUGAUCGGGAAGAAUUUACACAUCCUAACUGUCGGAACCGGUGGUGAUCACAGGUGAUCUCGAAGGAUUAACACAUCCUAACUGUCGGACAAUCAUUAUCAAGUGAAUAAUGGUUCUUCUCGAAAUGCAUGUUCAUGGAAAAAAUCUCAUUUUAUAGAAUUGUUAUAGUGCAUGCAGUUUAGAGUAAAAUUUUCUUAGGACACGUUAAAAGAAGAAAAUAUAG